GGGACACUAUUCACUUACCCGCCUUCAAGCAUCCACCCAGACAAUGUCGGCCCCUCUCCCCUCCGCCAAUCUGCUGCAUAAGCAGCUAAAGGAAAUGCAAACGGACAGGGACAUGGCGAGCAUCAGCGUAGGCCUUGUAAACGAUAACAUUUAUGAAUGGGAGGUCAUGUUGAUGAUCUCCGAUGACUGCGAAUUCUACGGAGGUGAAUGAACCAUUCCCGGUGAUUCGAGGGAGCUCUUGCUACCGAAACUGCAAUCAGCUCAACUAAAGAACACUAUAAAUAAUCUCUAGGUGGAUUUUUUCGUGCUCGCCUCUCGUUCCCGCGUUUGUAUCCUCAUGAUCCGCCGACCAUGAAAUUUGAAACACCCCUCUGGCAUCCGAACAGUAUGUCGUUGAUGUGCAGCUGCGCUCCUUUUUUUCUUCCUGAUUUGACUCGAGAUUUACUUUCCUCCCCGCUACGCGAUGACAGGGUCUGAUGAGAUUGUUAGUCUACUCAGAUGGUCGUGUUUGCAUUUCGAUUCUUCAUGCCCCCGGGGACGACGAGUAAGCACCCUUUUUCCUCUUGCGUCUCUUUGCCCGUUCUGGUCGUUCUGCAGGCACAGGGGAAGUGCUACCGAUAAUGAUCCACUAUAGCCAUGCUGCACCCGUUGAGUCCUUGAUAGGAUUAAUGACAUGACUAAUGAGUCACCCAAACCUCAACCUCACAGGUACGGUUACGAGUCUGCUAGCGAGCGUUGGCUGCCCGUUCGUACACCAGAAUCGAUCCUUAUAUCGGUCAUCUCUCUGCUGAGCUCUCCCAAUGAUGAGAGUCCGGCCAAUCUGGUGCGUUUCUAGAAAAAAAAAUACAAUAACCAUAAAAAAAGAAAAAAAUAUAUAUCCUUUACGGACUCACUUUCGAGAGAUGCAUUGAACUGACCUAUUCCAUCCAGGAGGCCGCAAAGCAGUGGCGGGAGGAUCCCACAGGAUUCAAGAAGAGGACGAGGAAAUGCGUCCGAGAUAGCCUCGAGGUUUAAUUCUGUACUCCUAGCGGGGAGAGUCGAACAGAAAGAUGAAAGGAAGAACAAAAAAAACACCCAAACACCCAAACACCAAAAAAGAACCAUUGGCGUUGCAUACCUCAAACAUAAUCACCGUACAGAUAUUCUUUCUUUUGUGAACGUGUGUAGCAUAGAAAUUAGCAUGCCCAAUGAACUCAUCCAUUCACUCGAUAUAUCACACAAGGCUUCUUAUUCAGUUAUUUAUCCCCUCUGUUCGUGUGGGGGAUUCCUUGGUACUUUUUUCCUUUUUUCUCUCCCUUCACUUCCUCUCCUCCCUACCUCCCCCGCCGCCACAAACGAGUGAGCCUAUCGCAUCCCUUCCCGCAUAUAUACCCCCUUCCCCGUCCAUCCUACCACGGCCCCAUGUCUCCACCUUCUCCACCUCCUCCUCACCAUAACCAUCCUCCACCUCACUCCCCCAUCCCUACGACACGAGCAGAGCACGGGCACAGCACAAUGCACACCGGACAAUAAACAACGCAAGAAGGGAAAAGAAAAAGGAAAAAAAAUAAAAGAAAAGAAAAGAGGAAAAAAAACGCAAAGGCGACCAAACAAAAAGCCGAUGGGGAAAAAAAACAAUAAAUUUCCGCCAUGCAUCCCUUGCCAUCCCAUCCCAUCCAGAAGGAAGAAGAGGAGAUAAAAUAUCUCAACAUCACCAUCAUCAAUCAACUCCUCACGUAAGGCGGAAGGGGAGGAGGAGUCAUGAACAGCCAGCUGUAUGGGUGUGACAGCAACCGUCCAGUCCAGUCCAGUCCGGUCCGGUCUAGUC